CCCCUUCACUGUAGCCGUUGCUGGCCUUCACUCAUUGUGCUCUUCCGCUUAUCCUUUUCAAAUUUCCGUUAACCAAAAUCAAAAGCGCAUGAUCAGAUUGCUUCGCUCUAAAUUACUACAACAUCCUAAUCACUGUAAAUCCAACACCGCAUUAUGCAUCAUCACUCAACGUACGUUCUUAGCCCAACGCACUUCUCAUUCUUCACCAGAAUUCAACACUUACAUUUAUGGUUCUUUACUCCAAAGUUGUAUCCGAAACGGUGACUGCGCCACCGGAAAAUAUCUCCAUUGUGAGAUUAUAAAGAAGGGUAAUUGCUUAGACUUGUUUGCUAACAACAUUCUUUUAAACUUUUAUGUAAAAUACGACUCAUUACCUGAUGCAGCUAAGCUGUUCGAUGAAAUGCCUGACAGAAAUACGGUGUCUUUUGUUACUUUGAUUCAAGGUUAUAGUCAGUGUCUUAGAUUUUCUGAAGCUAUUGGGUUGUUUUCUAGGUUACAAGGAGAGGGUCAUGAGCUUAACCCUUUUGUUUUUAGUACUGUUUUGAAGCUACUUGUCAGUGCUGAGUGGGCUAAAUUGGGGUUUAGUGUCCAUGCUUGUGUUUACAAGCUUGGUUUUGAUUCUGACGCCUUUGUGGGUACUGCUUUGAUUGAUUGCUACUCUGUUUGUGGGUACGCUGAAUGUGCAAGACAAGUUUUUGACGCGAUUGAAUACAAGGAUAUGGUUUCUUGGACUGGGAUGGUUGCUUGUUAUGUAGAGAAUGAGUGUUUUGAAGAGUCUUUGAAGCUUUUUUCACGGAUGAGGAUAGUUGGGUUUAAACCGAAUAAUUUUACCUUUGCGAGUGUGUUGAAGGCUUGUGUUGGGCUGGAGGUGUUUAAUGUGGGAAAGGCUGUGCAUGGAUGUGCUUUCAAAACAUCUUAUUUGGAAGAACUUUUUGUUGGUGUUGAAUUGAUUGACUUGUACAUUAAAUCCGGGGAUGUUGAUGAUGCUUUACAGGUGUUUGAAGAGAUGCCUAAAGAUGAUGUGAUUCCUUGGAGUUUUAUGAUUGCUCGGUAUGCUCAGAGUGAGCAGAGUGAAGAGGCUAUUGAGAUGUUUUGUAGGAUGAGGCGAGGUUUGGUGCUUCCUAAUCAGUUUACGCUGGCUAGUUUACUGCAAGCAUGUGCGAGCUUGGUGGAUUUGCAAUUGGGGAAUCAAAUCCAUUGCCAUGUAGUUAAGGUUGGUUUAGAUAUGAAUGUUUUUGUAUCAAAUGCUCUAAUGGAUAUGUAUGCUAAAUGUGGAAGGUUGGAGAACUCAUUGCAACUAUUUUCAGAAUCACCAAACUGUACUGAUGUGAGUUGGAAUACGGUGAUUGUUGGCUAUGUGCAGGCAGGCAAUGGGGAGAAGGCAUUGAGUUUGUUUAAAGAUAUGCUUGAAUGCCAAGUUCAGGGAACGGAAGUGACAUACUCUAGCGUGCUUCGUGCAUGUGCUGGUAUUGCUGCCUUGGAACCAGGCAGCCAGAUUCAUUCCUUGUCAGUGAAAACUAUUUAUGACAAGAACACCGUGGUUGGCAAUGCUUUGAUAGAUAUGUAUGCCAAAUGUGGAAGCAUUAAAGAUGCACGUUUAGUAUUUGACAUGCUAAGGGAACAUGAUCAAGUGUCAUGGAACACUAUGAUUUCAGGAUAUUCUGUGCAUGGACUUUAUGGGGAAGCUCUAAAAACUUUUGAAUUGAUGCUGGAAACAGAGUGUAAACCAGACAAGGUGACUUUUGUUGGUAUCCUGUCAGCAUGUAGCAAUGCCGGACUCUUAGAUAGAGGACAAGCUUAUUUUAAAUCUAUGGUAGAAGAAUAUGACAUUGAACCAUGUGCAGAGCACUACACUUGUAUGGUCUGGCUUUUAGGGAGAUCGGGUCAUCUUGAUAAGGCUGCUAAGUUGGUUCAUGAAAUUCCAUUUGAGCCUAGUGUUAUGGUGUGGCGGGCCUUACUCAGUGCUUGUGUCAUCCAUAAUGAUGUUGAACUUGGAAGAAUUUCUGCCCAGCGUGUUCUUGAGAUAGAACCAGAAGACGAGGCAACACAUGUAUUAUUGUCAAACAUAUACGCUAAUGCAAGGAGGUGGGGAAAUGUGGCCUCCAUUAGGACAAGCAUGAAAAGGAAAGGAAUCAGGAAAGAACCAGGCCUAAGUUGGAUUGAGAACCGGGGUAGGGUUCAUUAUUUUUCCGUGGGGGACACUUCACAUCCCGACACAAAAUUGAUUAACGGGAUGCUGGAGUGGUUGAACGUGAAAGCCAGGAAUGAAGGUUAUGUUCCUGAUUUUAGUUCUGUUUUGCUUGAUGUGGAGGAUGUUGACAAGGAACAGCGAUUGUGGGUCCACAGUGAAAGACUAGCUUUAGCCUAUGGUCUAAUUAGAACACCAUCCAUAAGCCCUCUUCGAAUUAUAAAGAAUCUCCGAAUAUGUGCAGACUGUCAUGCUGCAAUAAAAUUAAUAUCAAAGAUCGUGCAGCGUGAUAUCAUUAUCAGAGAUAUGAAUCGUUUCCAUCACUUUCAUGAGGGAAUUUGCUCUUGUGGUGAUUACUGGUGAUUGAUGUAAAAAGGUAGAUUUUGAUUUUUUGGGAGCUAGACUUUCCAUCUGCAUGAUAAAAUUCCUAAUCGUGGUGGUUUGUUUAUUAUAAGGAAGCCUCUGCUUUCUGCUUUUUAGUCAUGAAAUAAAAUGCAUCAACAUUUAUGUCCAUGCAGUGCUAAACCCUGACCUAAUAUGCAGUUGCACGUCAGCCAUUUAUGAGCUCAGCUGCAAAAGCUUUGGCAUUGAUCACAAUGGAUAGAUUCUUUCACCCUAGAAAAUGAAGUGCAGGAGAAAUUUAUUGCCUUCGAGAAGGACGUGUUUGUAUAAAAGAUGCACGGGUCUAAGAAAAGUGCUUCAUGCAUCCUUCUGGAUUUUCUUGUUGGCUGUCCUAUUAUGACUGUUGUAGUUGACGAAAGUGCCUUUAAGCUCUGCCUUCGCUGAGGGACUAUACACUUACUCUUAACAGUUUAAACUUACACAAGGGCAAGAGAGUGAACUGCCUUUAUCCUCGCAAAAUAUGCUUUGACUUUAGAAUUUUGGUUUUGGAAGUGUUUAUUUCAGUUGUUUUUAAAGAGUUAUUGAUCAUCAGAACACGAGGACUCUUAAUAUUGAAGCUUGCUACACUGAUGCCUUGUUAAAUGUAUAUGAUGCAUCUUCUGGGUUUCAUCAGGGUAAAUUUAUCCAUUUUGGGGAAACAAAAAAAAAAGAGAGAAUAAGUUUUUAAUGAAGUUUUUGGAAUCAAAUUGCCUCCCAUAUUGGUUUAAAUAUAACAAAUUUGGUUCAAAACACUGCCUUCAAUGAUUAUUCCUGAGGCAGCAAUGGCUAGACUUUUUUCAUGCAAACAUAUGUUACAAUUGCCCGUCCAUGUUUUAUGCUUGUUAAAUCAUCUACUUUCGAUCAUUGAAGUUGUCCUGGUGAGGCUUGGUGUGGAACCAAGUUAUUAUUUGUUUUGUGCAAUAAACAAAAAUGAAGAAAAUGCCCUGCCAUAGCAUUGUAUGCAUGGUGGCAUUUUUAUGAAUUAAACAGUCAUGUUCUAUGUGAGUAUUGAAGGGUUAGAAAUGGCAAUGACAGUGAUGAAGAUGUUUCUGCAGUUGGGGAGAGGGAGAAAGAGGAAAAAUGAAGGAAAAAGAGAAGAAAGAUAUAAAUCUGUGAAAUUAAAUGCAGAACUGAAAUUCAUAAAAUAAUUACGAAGAACUAGAAAGGCAUGCAAUACGAUAUAAUUAGAAAAGAAAAGUCUAACCACUGCUUAUUGUGGUGACUGCAAAAAAUUACGUGUAGAUUGGAAAGAGAUGAAGAAAAGGGAAAUAGUUAAGACCACAGCCAAUGGCGAUGCAUAUAACACAUGGUGGAGGGCCCGUAUGUAAUGUCCAUGUGAUUUGUCUGCUCAAAAUUUCACAGUCAUUGUUACCAGUAUACGGAGUGACUAGAAUAUAAUGUAUUCCACUGAUGAUAAUGUGCUAUUGGCUUUUUGUGUAGUCCUCAUCGUAUGUUUGGAUUUGUAAUCAUAGUUCUUGACAAGCAUGCCAUUCCAUGAAUUUAGCAUCAUCCAUCAUUUUCGUACCCACAUUCAAAGUUGUGGGCAAUGAGACAUCUUUAUUUAAAUCCUAUUUGGUUCGUCUUUAGGUCAAACUGAGAAUAUGGUGCUCAUUGACCACAACAAUAUUUUUUCCUCAGGGACCUUGCUCUCAUUCAGAUCCUUCAUUGUUUGUAGUCAUUGAUAGCAGAUGAUAUUCGUGAUAUGUCUCUCUAGCAUGUAUGUGCUGACAAUUACUAUUAUAUCACAAUUUGCAUCUGUAUGGUUCAUACUUCCGCUCGUACAUGGCAGAAGGCAUCAUUUCACACUUUGGAAAAGUUCUAGAUAUGCUGGAAUCCUCAGUGCUCUUCUUAGGACUUCUGGUUUGUUAGUCAUGUUUCAAAUAAAAUCACUAGCAUUAUUGAUGUUUUGACUCUUGAGAUCCCUUCUCAUCUUCCAAAAUCAUGUUAUAGCCCAUGGAGGAUAGAGAAAAUUUGCCAUGCUAGCAAGUUCACUGCAUCUCAAAUUUUUACUGGAUGAAAGGGCUAUGGUAACACUGAUGUUUCAACAUUCCCUCAUUCCCACUUACAGUAUUUUAGUUGAUCAUGGACUUGGACGUGUCAUCCGAGAAAAUUAUCUUUUUUUUAACUUGCCCUAGCCUCUAUUGUUAAAUAUCUGAAUCUACUAUUAUUACUCCUGAUGUGUUUCCCUCUUUUUGAUUGCUGUUCUAGUAUUACUCUGCUGAAGUUAGUGGUAUCCACCGUGCUAUGUUCGCUCAUCAUGAAGACAGAUGCAGAAAGCUUUUGACGCAUUUGAGCUUCUAAUAUGUGCUUCAUAUGGAGAAUUGUAAAGGUUUCCAUUUUUUGUUACAAAAGCCUCAAAUUAGAUGGGUGGAUAUCGAUUCCAGAAAUGUCAAGGAAGCUCGAUCUUUGUUUUUUUAAGCUUAUAAUGAACUGGCCUUUCUAUUUUAUUA